UCGUGCUGGUGGCGGGGCGGCGGGAGGAGCGAAGCGGGGCUCCGCGGGCUGAAACCCGAAACCUCCGGUCCCCGAGCGCGGCGGGGAGGAAGGAAGCAGCGGCCGAGGCGGGGAGGCGGCCCGGCCGGACCCUGAACUGCUGCUGCGGCGGCGGCUCCUCGUCAUCCAGCAUGCUCUGCCCACCCCACGCCGAGGCGCACUGACCAUGAGCCUCAACUCCUCCCUCGGCCACAGGAAGGAGCUGAGUAACUUCACUGAGGAGGAAGGUGGCCAAGGCGGGGCUGUUGUCACCGAGUUCAUUGCCAUUGUCAUCAUCACCAUUUUUGUCUGCCUGGGCAACCUGGUCAUUGUGGUCACCUUGUACAGGAAGUCCUACCUCCUCACCCUCAGCAACAAGUUCGUCUUCAGCCUGACCCUGUCCAACUUCCUGCUCUCCGUGCUGGUGCUGCCUUUCGUGGUGACCAGCUCCAUCCGGAGGGAAUGGAUCUUCGGGGUGGUCUGGUGCAACUUCUCCGCCCUCCUCUACCUGCUGAUCAGCUCGGCCAGCAUGCUCACCCUCGGGGUCAUUGCUGUCGACCGCUACUAUGCUGUCCUAUACCCCAUGGUAUAUCCCAUGAAGAUCACGGGCAACCGAGCUGUGAUGGCACUUGCCUACAUCUGGCUUCACUCCCUCAUUGGCUGCCUGCCGCCUCUAUUUGGUUGGUCAUCGGUGGAGUUUGAUGAGUUCAAGUGGAUGUGUGUAGCUGCGUGGCACCGGGAGCCUGGCUAUACAGCCUUCUGGCAGAUCUGGUGUGCCCUGUUCCCCUUCCUGGUCAUGCUAGUGUGCUACGGCUUCAUCUUCCGCGUGGCCAGGGUCAAGGCACGCAAGGUUCACUGUGGCACCGUGGUCAUCGUGGAGGAGGACCCACAGAGGAAUGGGAGGAAGAACUCCAGCACCUCCACCUCCUCCUCAGGCAGCAGGAAGAACGCCUUUCAGGGCGUGGUCUAUUCGGCCAACCAGUGCAAGGCCCUCAUCACCAUCCUGGUGGUCAUUGGUGCCUUCAUGGUCACCUGGGGCCCCUACAUGGUUGUCAUCACCUCUGAGGCCCUCUGGGGGAAGAACUAUGUCUCCCCAACACUGGAGACCUGGGCCACUUGGCUGUCUUUUACCAGUGCCAUCUGCCACCCCCUGAUCUAUGGACUCUGGAAUAAGACGGUUCGCAAGGAACUACUGGGCAUGUGCUUUGGGGAUCGGUAUUACCGGGAACCGUUUGUGCAGCGGCAGAGGACGUCCAGGCUCUUCAGCAUUUCCAACAGGAUCACAGACCUGGGCCUGUCCCCACACCUCACAGCGCUCAUGGCAGGCGGGCAGCCCCUGGGGAACAGCAGCAGCACAGGGGACACCGGCUUCAGCUGCUCUCAGGACUCAGGAACAGACGUGAUGCUGCUCGAGGACUACACGUCUGACGACAACCCUCCCUCGCACUGCACUUGCCCACCCAAGAGGAGGAGCUCGGUGACAUUCGAGGAUGAAGUGGAACAAGUCAAAGAAGCUGCCAGGAACCCUAUUCUUCAUGUGCGAGCCGACGUGCAUAAGUCCUUGGACAGUUACGCAGCCAGCCUGGCCAAAGCCAUCGAGGCUGAAGCCAAAAUCAACUUAUUUGGGGAGGAGGCUUUGCCUGGGGUCUUGCUGGCGGCACGGACGGUGCCAGGGGCUGGCUUUGGGAGUCGCCGGGGCAGCAGAACUCUGGCGAGUCAGAGGCUGCAGCUGCAGAGCAUCGACGAGGGGAACAUUUUAGCUGCAGAACAGAGAUGAGGGCCUCCCCGCAGGAUGCCCAUUCCCGUCUGGGCCGGGGCCCUGGGAGCAACAUCUGGUCUUCAGUCAUCAGACGAAAAACCUCUGAACACGACGUCUGUGAGUGACUUCGGUGUCUGUUGUGAGACCCCACCAGGCUUCUCGUGGGCCCCAGUGACGAGACCAGAGGCACCUAGAGCAUAAAGAAAAGCAGGUGGAGGUGUGGUUGUGACUUUGUGGGAGGCGGGGCUGAGAGGGGGACUGGUGAGCACGGCCGGGAGGAAACUACCAUGUGGGUCACUUCCUCUUCUUCACAACCUGUGUCCUGGGAGUCCAGCCACGCACUGUCCCAAGGCCUCAGGCGAGCCCUUCCUGAUGCACUUUGGAGGACGGCACUUCCAUGUAGUGGGUCUGGGCCAUGUGGGGCCGUCACUUCUGCACUAAACGGUCCCCAGAAGAGAAUCCAGCAGCAGAGCACCCCAGAUCCAUUUGCCACACCCUGUGUCCUGGUUAUGACUUUGCCUUUGGUGGAGACACCUGCUGGUGCUAGAGGGGACAGGCCAGGGGCCCGGGGGAUGUUGUUGCUGAGAACAAGGCCCAUCGUGUCCGCCUCCCUGUGGGCUGAUUCUUUGAUGUUUCAAAAGCAGGGAGAAACCACUGUAAAAGACAGGAGAGAGGCGCAGAUACCAGGUGUUUCAUUUCUAGUUUUUAAAAAACAAUCCACUUGGUUAGGACGCACCAUGAUCUUACUGAGCCCGAAUGGGGCCACAGGGCCACGUGCUGCUGGGAAAUAGAGAUACUGUUGGAAUCCUGUCACAUAGGAAAACCUUGUGGAAUAGAUUCUGUUUGAUUGACCAUUUAGAUUAGCUGGCUGCCAGGUGCACAGGGAGUGCUCCCGUAGGCAGCAGCUACUAGUUCCCUGCCCUGGGCAGUUUGAGACAAGAGAGACUUGGAGUGAGCAACCUGCCUUCUGGCCUGGCUCUGCCUUACCUUAUCCUUUGGGACUUCUGUCACCUCUAGGAAUCUGGGAAAUGAGAUAAGGGAUUGGAGAGUUGGAUUGAAUGGUUGCCAGGAUCAUUUCUAACUCUGGUCUUUGAUGUUUUUGAAUUUGUAGCUUAGGG